GUCAGAGUGGGAGUGAUGGCGGCCAACGUGGAGUUGCCGGCGGCUUGGAGCCCGGGGAGAGGAGGCCCCGGGAGCCCGGAGUCGGAGUCCUCAUGCCCGGAGGGGAGCGGGGCGGAGGCCGAGGCCGAGGCCGAGGGCCCGGAUCCAGAGGCCGAGGGCCCGGGGGUAGCGGGCGGGCUGGAGGGGCAGCGUAGGCCGGUGCCCGGGGUGAUCUACCUCGGAUACAUGCCGCCCGGCCUGGAGCUCUGCCUCCUGCGCAAAAUGAUGGCGUCCUUCGGGGAGGUGGGGAGAAUCUUCCUGCAGCCGGCAGAUGAUAAGAGAACGCGGCGGAAGAAAAAGACGAGGGGCCUUGGGAAGAACUUCACCGAGGGGUGGGUGGAGUAUCAGAACAAGGCCGUGGCCAAACGGGUGGCCAGGAGCCUCCACAACACACGGAUCGGGACCAAGAAACGCAGCCGCUUCCACGACGACCUGUGGAACAUGAAGUACCUGCACCGCUUUAAAUGGAUCCACCUGAGCGAGCGCCUGGCCUACGAGAAGCUGGUGAAGCGGCAGAGGAUGCGGGUGGAGGUCUCCCAGGCCAAGCGCGAGACCAACUUCUUCCUGCAGAACGUGGAGAAGAGCCGGGGCCUGGACAAGCUGCAGGAGCUGAAGCGGCGGAAGGGCGAGGAGUGGCAGGACAAGAGCUGGCACUUCCGCCAGCGGGCCACCGAGGAGGAGAUCCAGACGAGCAAGGCGACCGCCCGCGGCCGGGCUGCGGGCAGGGCCGACGACCCACGGAGGACGGCAGACUUCCAGCGGAAAGCCCAGACCAACACGGCCCUCCUGGCCAAGAUCUUCAACCCUGCUGCUCAACGGGAUUAGCACCUUCCAGCGGCUGAUCUCCAGCUUGAGGAGAGACUCGCUGGGUCUGGCUGCAGUGAAUUAUCCCCUGAGCACUGCAAAAGGACAAAUGGGGACUGGCUCGGUUCACUGGCCUGCGUUAAAAUGCCGUGUAACAAAUAGGGUCUUGACCCAAAGAAGAGGAUCUGAAGAAGGGUUUCGACCCGAAACGACGGCCGUUCCUGCCCUCCAGAGAUGCUGCCUGUCCCACUGAGUUAUUGCAGCAUUUUGUGUCUAUCUCCUUAGCAAAUAGACAUCCUAUUUGAAUGCUGCCUGGAUGAGAUGGUAUUACCUGUAACGAAGAUAGACACAAAAAGCCAUUCCUUCUCUCCAGAAAUGCUGCCUGUCCUGCAGAGUUACUCCAAUUUUUUUGUGUCUACCUUCGGUUUAAACCAGCAUCUGCAGUUCCUUCCUCCACAUUAUCGACAACAAAUGGUUGGACAAACUUAGACACAAAGCGCUGGAGUAACUCAGCGGGUCAGGCAGCCUCUCUGGAGAAAAGGAAUAGGUGACGUUUUGGGUUGAGACCCUUCUUCUGGCGGAGAGUCGGGGAAGAGAAACUAGAGGUAUGAAAAGGUUCAAUACAAAACAGCCGGCAUCGAUGACCAAGGAAAGGUGGAGCUCACAAUGGUCCAUUGCUGGCUGUGGAAGAGACGCCGCAUGACCCGCUGAGUUACUCCCGCACUUUGUAUAUUUUUUUUUAAAAUCUUGCAUCUUGCGUUUAUCUGCCAUCAGUUAGUUUAUUGUCACAUGCACUGAGGUACAGAGAAAAGCUUUUUGUUGCGUGCGAACCAGUCAGCAGAAAGACAAUACAUGAUUACAAUCGAGCCAUCCAUAGUGUGCAGAUACAGGUUAAAGGGAACAACAUGAAUAAAGUUUAGUGCAAGAUAGAAUUCAUUAAAGUCCGAUCAAAGAUAGUCCGGAGGGUCUCCAAUGAGAUGGAUAGUAGUUCAGGACCGCUCACUAGUUGGUGGGAGGAUGUCUGACAGCAGCUGGGAAGAAACUGUCCCUGAAUCUGUAGGUGUGCGUUUUCACACUUCUGUGCCUUUUGCCCGAUGGGAGAGGGGAGGAGAGGGAGAGGCCAGUGCGCGACACGUCCUUGAUUAUGCUGCUGGCCUUGCCGAGGCAACGAGCCUAAAGGAACAGCUGGAAUUGUGCGCAGAAUGCAACAGUCUGAAGAAGGGUA